AUGGGGUAUCAGAUACUACCACCGCCAGCCAACGGCGGCAUCAACGAACCACAAGACUGUCCGCACUGCCGCCGGACGUUCAGCUGCUACUACUCUCUGAAAAGACACUUCCAGGACAAGCACGAGCGGUCCGACACUCUGUACGUGUGCGAGUUCUGCCGACGGCGGUACCGCACCAAGAACAGCCUGACAACGCACAAGAGCCUGCAACACAGGGGCUCGGCGGUGGCGUUAAAACGUCUGAUGAAAACCUUUGCCGCCACUGUAGCAGCGACGCCAUCGCCGUCCGAGUCUCCACUCCCGUCGAAACCACGGUCGCGGUCAUCAGCACCGGUCGUCUGUAACGGUUACCAGUCGUCAUCGUCAUCGUCGUCGUCGUCGUCGCCGUCGCCUGCCCCGUCACCGUCGCCGACAGUUACCGCAAACACGGUAUAUAGGCGAAUAACAUAAUAUUAUUAUAAUAAUAUAAUCUCUGAUCAAUCCGGUCAAUCGCUUAUACUAUGCUGUUGUCGUCGUAUUGUGCUGCAACAGGUGUAAUACCUGAUGUACGUGACGUGACGAGCGAGCAGCAUACAAUAUUAUGUAUAUAUAAUAUUAUUAAAUAUAUAUUUAUAUAUAUAUAUAUAAUAUACAUA